AGAAGGAUACAGCUGCAGCUUGUGAAACAGGGAGCAGCGGGAUAAAAAGAUGGGCCAGCAUGCAUCUAAUCAAGGACAAGAAGACUACACCAAUGAAGUUACUCUCUCCAGACUUAGGCUCCGAGUGGUUCCGCUUGAAGUCCUGCAAAAUAGCAGCAUACGGAGCUUGAAUUUGGACCGAAACAAGCUGAAACAUCUCACUGGGAUUUCAAACCUUUGCAACCUGAAAAAGCUGAUUUUGUCUAAAAAUGCUAUUACGGACUUCCCAGAGGAAAUCAGGAACUUGGUCCAUCUGGAGAAGCUGGAACUAAAUCAGAACCAAAUCCGGGUUAUUCCAGAAGAAAUCUUUUCCUGUUUGCCAAAGUUGAAACAUCUCCGACUGAAUAACAACCGUUUAGAUAGCCUGCCCAAGGACCUGUCUGCCUGUUGUGGGAGCCUCCAGUAUCUCAACCUGUCUAACAACUUGUUCCAAGCCAUCCCUCUGGUGGUCUUGGAGCUUAAAUGCUUGCAAGAGUUCUAUGUGCAUAACAAUAUGCUGCGCCGGCUUCCCAUGAAGAUGUUCCAGGAGGUGCCACUUAAAAUGUUCAAGGUCAGUGGGAACCCACUGCAGGAGCCUCCCUAUGAAGUCUGUGCAGGAGGCCUCAGGCAGAUCAUUAGCUACUUCAACCAGCUGCAAAACUGCCAAGCUGAAAAGGACAGGCGAGUCAAAACUAUGUUCCUGGGAAUGUCCUUAGCAGGGAAGUCCACAAUUUGCAAAAGCCUGAAGCAAAGGCAAGUUAUUCGAGUGUCAGAAGAAGAGCGGACUGUUGUGAUCGAGAUCAGUAAAUUCCAGAUCCAAGGCUUUUCCUUUCUUUUUUGGGACUUUGCUGGCCAAUUGGAGUACUAUAUGACUCACCAUAUGUUCAUAACCCCACAUGCACUUGUCAUCUUGGUCAUUAACUUUCAGAAGUAUCAGCUUAGCAAUGAUUCCUUCAAGGAGCUUGUUGGAUUUUGGAUUAACAACCUCAUUAUGCGAGUGCCCAACUCUGUGGUCCUUCCUGUUGGAACUCACAUAGAUGUCUGCUGUGAGCAGGAGGUUCAAGAAAAGAAAAAGGAUAUAAUGAGCAAGAUCCGGGACAUGCUGGAGGAGAGAAAGACCACCUUAGCCCACCUCAUUGCCAAUCUGGAGGCUAAUGAAGAAUCGGAGUUCUAUGUGGACCAGUGGAAUAGGUUGAAAGAAAUGGAGAAUUGCAGCCUUACGAUUUUAGACCUUGUUCCUGUCAAUUGCAUGGAUUACCAGGACAUCAAAGCACUUGAAGGCACAAUUCUUGAGCAUGUCCAGAAUGAAGAAGUAUUCCCUAAUGUCAUCCAAGUGCUUCCUCCGAUCUACAAGCAAGUAGAAGCUGCAAUUGUGAAUAUUGUGCAAACAAAUGAAGAGUUAGCAGAACAUGGUAUUAUGGAUCUCCGUCUCUUACAUAGUGAGCUUUCCUGCCAGUAUCACCUAACUGACCUAGAUGGAGAACUUCUACAGGACAUCCUGAGAUUCCUUCACCGCAUAGGACUAAUUGUGUGGUAUGAAGAGGUCAAGCAGCUGGAGAGCACCGUGUUUCUACGUCCAGCCUUUCUCAUCGACAUAUUCAAAACUCUUGUCCGGUAUGGCCUGAUGCAGCAGCUGGAGAGCAUUGCUGUGGACAUCUUGAUAGCAGAACAUACCACCAUCCGAGACCGGACCAACUGGGUGUGGACACUCAAGUCAAAGGCCAUGCUGUGCCAGAAAGCCAUGAGAGCUUUGCUCAAGCACCAGCUCUACUUGGACGGCAUGAGGGAUGUCUUUGAGGAAAUGGUGGGCAGCAGAUCACAGAAAGGAAAACUCUUUAGCCUGUUGGAGCACUUUGAAAUCUGCCUGGAGGUCAGAAAUACAGAGGGGUUAAAUCCAAGGGCCCAAGUCUUUGUGCCUGGAGAGCCGUGGGAAACUGUGCAAGGCCAUGAGGAGGAUACUCACUACUUAUUUCCCACCUACCUCAACCAGAGUAAGGAGGUUUCAGCAACGUGGGGAGGAGAUCAUGCAGAGGACCUUCAUAUCCGUGUCUACUUUUCCCCAGAGAUCCCAGAGGGCUUCUUCCAAAGGCUCAUGGUGAAAGCUUGCUCCUUCUUUUCAACCCACUGGGUUGCAAAAGCAAUCUGCUUGCUCAUCUGCAGUGGCAAACCUUUACUGAUCAAAGCCAACAACCAGAAAGGAUACAGCUAUAUUGAACUCAGGUGCAGAAAACCAGCAGAGAGGGAUGGAUUCCAGUUGGUGUGGGACUUCAUCAUGACAAUAAUCUCCAUCAACUACAAGCUCUUGGAGGAGUGGCCCGGUCUCCACCUUUGUGUGAAGGUGCCUUGUCGGACAGCUGGCUGUCCUGCAGAGCUUGUCUGGCCAGACGUGGAUGACAAGAGCACAGUGACCACAGAAGAAAUUAAAACAUGUGGAAUUUGCGCCUUUCAGUUUGAAACUGAACUACUCCUACCCAAAGUCCCAAGCGAACCAAGCAUCGCCCAGGCACCUGCACAGUAUUAUGUCACCAGUUAUGGGAAUGCCACCUUUGGAUCCAGCACUAUCCAUGUGGAGACACAGAACAUUCUGGACAAAUGACAAGAGCCAUGCAAGACCACUAGCUGGCCAAGAAUAAUUCACAGAGUUGUGCAGGCAUUCUGGUCCAUGCUGAACAGUUCAAACGUUUCAUUCCAGGCUGUCUGUUUGAACACUGUAGACAUGAAAAUACAACACAAUUCUAUGGUAGAAUGUCUGUUUAUUUGCAGAGAUUCAACUGCAUUUGGUAAGCUGCAAUCCAGUGAGCUUCCCCCAUAAGUUACAGAAUUUACAAAAUUGUGUUCAUGCUGAACACAAGUUUGCAUUAAGUGGAAUGGACACAGUUAAAGAAAAUUAAAUAUGCCCAAGGAGAUCCCACAUACAGAAAUCUUGAGCUGAGACAACAUUAAGAACUGCAAUUAAGGUAUCAGACACAAUUCAAUCAAGUUGGAUUUUCAAAUAGGAUGUUUAACAGAAAAAGUUCUGGAAUGUUCAUAAGCAAAUAGUUGAAUUCUUUGAGUUGCCCUUUCUAAAAGGAUCAGGAUAGGUAGCAAGUAAAAAAAAGGUACAUAAAGUCCUAACUGCUACUCCCUUACCACCAAAAAAAAAUUAGAGAGGACACUUUUGAGUCCAAUUGAAUUUACCAAGCUGCUGCUUCACCAGUCUGGAAGAGGGCAAGGCUGCAAUCCAAACCACCAAUGUGAUGCACUGGGGUGGGGAGAAUUAGAUGGGCAGAGGUCUCCCUCCAAUCAGCCCAAAAUAGCUCUGCCAGCCUCUGCCUGUGGAGUGACACUGGCAUCUCUCCUCUGGUGCAGAGCUCCCCUGGGGAAACCCCCAAAUGGGAUGUUCCAGGAGUAGGGACUGAGCUAGCCCCACUACUGUCAUUUGACAAAAUCGGCCCCAGCUGCUUAGCGUGGAACAGGGUUUUGUCUGCCUUCAGCCCUGGCUGGUGUAGUGACGGGACUGUGGCAGUGACUAUGCUAUUCUGACAUGUCCUGCUGCCGCCUGGCCUUAAGAGUGCUCUGCAAGAAAUCAUAAAAAAGCAAAAUAAAGUCAUGUUGAUUUAUUAAAAACAAACUGAAACCCAGCUGGGCAAUAUCUACAUUAGGACCAUCCAAACUGUCACAAGAUAGUGAGUAAGCUUCUGAGUUCUCCAGAACUCUUCAUCAGACUGGAUGUUAUGCAGAGUUGGGUUGGGGAGAGACAGAAAACAACAACGAAAAAGAUUGGUGUUGUAGCCACAAGGUCUAUGUUUACAUUCUGUUUUAAGAUGGAGAUUGCAUGCAGACUGAUUGAGUUAGGCACUGCAGCUAGCAGGUUACACUUAGGAUUCUGUAAAAUAAGUGUGGUUUUGUGCAUGGUUUAGUUACUAGUACUAUAUUCUGCUUCUGCUUGGAGCCUACUUCCAAAGCUGAGGAGUGAAGAAAGCGCUACAGUCUUCUCAUUUUACUUGUCCAUAAAUCUGACCCAUAAAAGCAACUGCUUGCUAGUUAUGGGGUCAACAUUCAGCACUGAUUGUAUAUGCACAUAUUUUUACUGAAUCUAUGUUUAAUGUGAAGCAGGAAUAACAAUCAGGUUCCUGAGCAGGUGAAAUGACACUGGUUGUCAAAACAAUAGCUUUUUUGUUUUUCGUCAUCAAAUUGACUAUAUGGACAAACUUCAAAUUUCAACGUCAAAUACGAAGAUUGCAUUCCAUAUGUAUAAUUUUGAAGACAAGCGUUACAGAGCUUCUGUUUAUAUGCCCUUCAAUUCAUUAGCAUUUCCUUCAAAGCUGCUCAGAGCAGUUUACAGAUGAGUUCUCAGACAUCUCGCAUCCAGCCACCGCUCAAGGCUAGAUGCCCUUGUGAUGUUCCUGCUUAUAGUGUAAAUAUGGUAAGUGCUGUUUAUAUAGAAGACAUAUGGUAAGUGGAGUGAAAGAGGAGGGGGAGUACAUGAGCAGUAGAAUGCUGGAUGAUUGGCUGAGCGUUUGAAUGGCUGGGAGUAUAAAUGGAAGAAUGACAGUUGAAUCUGGGUGGAUGUUGGGAGUGUGGAGGUCAGGAGUGUGGAGAAAGAGGGAGCUGGAGUUCUGAUUAAUAAUAAGUCAAGUACA